GGUGUGUGCACAGGAGACAGGAGAAGCAGGAGUGAUUUCCUCUCGCGCCGCUACGAUGUAACGGCUCACCGGAGACGAGCCUAUGACUACAGAGUGACUUCACUUAAGUGUUUUUAUAUCACCCUGGGCUAUUUGUGUGGCCCAUUAGUGAUUUACAGAGCAGAUAGAGACGUUAAUUAGAGGAUGGCCGCAGACGUGGAUAAAACUCGUGCCGGAGAGCCAAAGGAUGAUCAUGAAGAAGAUCGCGCGACUCCAUCCAGCAGACGCGCCCGCUCACGUUUCAAGAAACUCUCCAGUUUAUUUCUAAUCGCUGCUGUUCCUUUCUUCGGCGUUUGCAUUAAAUAUUACCAGGACACCCAGCUUGUGAAACGACAUGAGGCAGGAUUGAAGGCGCUGGGAGCAGAUGGACUCUUUUUCUUCUCAUCCCUGGAUACCGAUCAUGACCUCUAUCUCAGUCCAGAGGAAUUCAAACCUAUUGCAGAAAAACUCACAGGUGUGGCACCUCCCCCAGAGUUUGAAGAGGAGAUACCACAUGAUCCGAAUGGAGAGACACUGACCCUGCAUGCUAAAAUGCAGCCGUUACUACUGGAAAGCAUGACUAAGAGCAAAGAUGGCUUUCUAGGGGUUUCACACAGCUCUCUUAGUGGGCUGAGAUCUUGGAAACGUCCAGCUGUUCCUUCAUCCACGUUUUAUGCCAGUCAGUUCAAGGUCUUCCUGCCACCCAGUGGUAAAUCGGCCCUGGGAGACACUUGGUGGAUCAUUCCCAGCGAACUGAACAUCUUCACCGGCUACCUUCCCAACAACCGCUAUCAUCCUCCCACACCACGAGGCAAAGAGGUACUGAUCCACUCUCUGCUGAGUAUGUUCCACCCGCGGCCUUUUGUGAAAUCCCGCUUUGCUCCACAGGGUGCUCUGGCUUGUAUACGGGCUGCUAGUGAUUUCUAUUAUGACGUUGUUUUCAGAAUCCAUGCUGAGUUCCAGCUAAAUGAUGUUCCAGGCUUUCCAUUCUGGUUCACUCCUGGGCAGUUUGCUGGUAAUAUCAUCCUCUCCAAAGAUGCUUCUCACGUCCGAGAGUUUCACCUCUACGUCCCAAAUGACAAAUCUUUGAAUGUGGACAUGGAGUGGCUUUAUGGGGCCAGUGAGAGCAGCAACAUGGAGGUGGAUAUUGGAUACCUGCCUCAGAUGGAGCUCAGGGCAGAAGGUCCCUCCACUCCCUCAGUGAUCUAUGACGAGCAGGGGAACAUGAUUGACAGCCGAGGGGAGGGAGGAGAGCCCAUUCAGUUUGUCUUUGAGAAGAUUGUCUGGAAUGCAGAGCUGAGCAGAGAAGAAGCAUCCAGACAUCUUGAGGUCACAAUGUACCCAUUUAAAAAGGUGCCAUAUUUACCAUUCAGUGAGGCCUUUAGCAGAGCUGAUGCAGAGAAGAAGCUGGUUCACUCCAUCCUGCUCUGGGGGGCCCUGGAUGACCAGUCAUGCUGAGGUUCGGGGCGGACUCUUCGAGAGACAGUCCUCGAGAGUUCGCCCAUUUUGGCCUUGCUCAACCAGAGCUUCAUCAGCAGCUGGUCUCUAGUCAAAGAGCUGGAGGAUCUGCAGGGUGAUAAGAAGAAUCUGGACUUGAGUAAAAAGGCUCGUUUACAUUUGGAAAAGUAUACUUUUCCAGUGGAGAUGAUGGUGGCGCUGCCCAACGGCACUGUGGUGCAUCACAUCAAUGCUAAUAAUUUCCUGGACCAGACAUCCAUGAAACCAGAAGAGGAAGAGGGGCCUGCUAUCAGUUUCUCAGCAGGUUUUGAGGAUCCUUCAACUUCCACAUACAUUCGCUUCCUACAGGAAGGACUCAAAAUGGCCAGACCUUACCUGGAAUCGUAAAACUGUUUCUCUCCAGAAACAUUUGUGCAUGUUAGAGAUAAAUGAGGGGAGUAUAUGAGGGAGAAAGAAAGGAAGUCUGAUAUCAGCUCUGCUCCUCCAUGUCUGAUUUUAGGAACGGAAUGUGGAGGAGCUGACACAAUUUCUUCAUUGAGAAGGCAGCUGGUGGCCACAUCUUCGAGUGACAUAUUCCAUGUAAAAGUGCACAAUAUAACAUCAUGUUGUCACAAGUGUGGUAUGUCACACAGUGAAACCUAAAGGGUGUUUAACUGUACACAACAACACAAUCUCAAUUAAGUCAUAUAUUUUUAUCUGGAAAAUUUGCCGAUUUUGUGCAAACCUUACACUUCCUGAGUGACGAAUGUCAUUAGUCUGAUCCAUUGUUCAGACUAAUGAACUGAAAUGGCAUUAUGUUGUAUAUUGAUCUGAUAAAACCACUUUU